GAUGACGAGCGCGAGCACGUGGCCAUAGUGCUGCGGGAAACUGCGGGAGAUUGUCUUAUUAUUAUUGACGCUCAGUCUUGGAGCGGCCGCGAAAUGCUCCUGAGCCUGCUGCAGUGCUUGUGCUGAUCGAUUUGAGUGUAUUUAGUGCUGAUUGGGUGUCGGUUAUUUUUUUUACCUUGUUAUCUAAUAUCUGUGCACGCGACGAUAUUAUAACGAUAAGAAAUUGUAACGGCCUUGACGGGCGAAUCGAAUGCUAAAUCUCUAUUGAGGAUUUUUAAAUAUAGAAAGCAGUCGCUUCGGAGUUGAAGAGCAAUUUAAACGGAUUCGAUUCGAGAGGCAUGAAUGAAAAUCACUUGUCGUCAUGAAGCUACCACUGCUGCACCUCCUAACGCUGUGUCUGACCGUAGGCGAGCUGUCCGGUUACAAUAGCAAUAAACGCGCGUUUCUCCAGGCCAAGCGCUCGCGGAAGGAUUACCGGCGGCUCAAGAAGCAAGAGGGAGCGCUCAAGCUCGUCGGCGGCGAGAGAGGAGCUUUCGAGGGUAACGUGGAGAUACUGCACAAGGGAAGAUGGGGCAACGUCUGCGACGACGAGUGGGACGAGCUCGAGGCCAAAGUCGUCUGCAGACAGCUCGGAUAUGCCAACGUCAAGGCGAAGCCCACGAGCAACGCUCGUUUUGGACAGGCAAGAAGACGCUACUGGAUGGACAACCUUCUCUGCGGCGGCGACGAGUCCGAGCUUUCCAAGUGUCGCUUCGACGGCUGGGGCAGAACCGACUGUCGCUCUGGCGAGGCUGCGGGGGUGAUUUGCGGCGGCGGCGGCGAGGACCUGAUGCCGAACGCGACCCUGAACCGCGUCGACAGCCAAGACAAGAGCAAGAUCAGAGACGUUCAUCCGAGAGGCAUAGCCGUCCGACUGUCCGGACCCAGACAAGGACGACUCGAACUGAAGCUACCCGAUUCCGACUGGGGCGUCGUGUGCGGGGACGGCUGGUCGCUUCUGGAAGCGGCUGUAAUCUGCAGGCAGCUGGGCUUGGGUUACGCGGCACAGGCAUACCAGACGAGCUUCUUCGGCGGCAACAAGCUGCCCAUGGCCGUGAGCGGAAUCAAGUGUCGCGGGGACGAGCGACACGUUGCCGAGUGCCUUCACGACGAGCUCCUCGACUGUCCUGGUGUCGGCGAGAACGUGGCGGGCCUGACGUGCGCCUCUCGAAUGGCCGACCUCGUGUUCGACCAUCUGGAGCUCGAGCGAACGGCCCACCUCGAGGAUCGUCCCCUAUACUUCCUGCAGUGCGCCAUGGAGGAGAACUGUCUGGCGUCCCAGGCUUACCAGGUCCAGAGGGAGACUGAUCGCUGGCACUGGGAGACGAGGCGACUGCUCAGGUUCACCGCGAGGAUCCUCAACGCCGGCACAGCUGACUUCAGGCCGUCAGUGCCGAAGCAUCUCUGGGAGUGGCACAUGUGUCACAUGCACUACCACUCGAUGGAGGUGUUCGCGACGUUCGACAUCAUCGACUCGAGCGGGAGACGCGUCGCCGAGGGUCACAAGGCUUCCUUUUGCCUCGAGGAUAAUCAGUGCCUUCACGGAGUUCAGCCCAGGUACAGGUGCGCGAAUUACGGCGACCAGGGGAUUUCCGUGAACUGCAGCGACAUUUACAAGUACAACAUCGACUGCCAGUGGGUCGACAUCUCCGAGCUCGCGCCUGGACCCUACACGCUCAAGGUCGCUGUGAAUCCGGAGCUGAAGGUGGGGGAGAUGUCGUUCGACAACAACGCGGCCACGUGCAAGCUACUUUACGCCGAAACAUUUGCCAAAGUCCAUAGCUGCGUUAUGGGCCGACCCUAAUGGAGCGACGACGCGGCCAGAUUCGAUUGGGGAAUGCCAUUAACCGAUGCUACUAUGUGCGCCUUCCCUUUCUUGUUGUUCCCGACGCUGAUGCCGCUGUAUAUGUAUAUAUUCUCGAUUUAUACUAUGCGCGGCGAGUCCUGAGACUUUAUAUGCGCCUGUCUGACGUAUGUACAUUUAUAUACGCACUGUAUACUCUUUGCAUUUUUUUUUUUUAAUAUAAAGAACAAUAAACCACACGUUGCGUGUGUAUACCGCAA